AUGCCUCAGAUGAACGGCGGUGCAGACGGGGAUGAUUUAGGAGCAAAUGACGAACUGAUUGCUUUUAAAGACGAGGGGGAACAAGAGGAAAAGAGGAAUGUGUCCUCGGAACGGGACUUGGACGAUGUCAAGUCGUCUUUGGUGAAUGAAUCGGAAACAAACAGCAGCUCGGACUCUGAGCAGGCAGACAGACGCCCGAAGUCUAGUCAGGAUUUGGAGAGCAGGGCCAGACAAAGUCGACUAUUUCAAGAAGCACUUCGGAGACAGGAUGGGAGUCUGUUUCAGCCUUCCCCGUAUGCCGGCUAUCCAUUUUUUAUGAUACCAGACCUGGGGAACCUAUGCAGCCCCUAUGGAGCCCUCACCCCAAGUGCGCGGCCAUAUCUACCAUUCCAGUGGCCUUUGCUUGAUGUUCCUGGAAGAGCCACAAUCAGAGACUCUGCAACUCCCUCUCACCUGUCAAAUAACAUGCCGGUGGUGCAGCACCCUCACAUGCCACAUCUGCACCCGCUGCUGUCCUAUAGUCCAGAGGCCUUCUCCCCUCAAAGGGCCUCCCCCGGCUUCUCUCCUGAUGCAGGACUUUCACGAGCGGCAUGUUACCCAGUGUCACCUGGUGGAAUGGCUCAGAUCCCACACUCUUUUGGAUGGCUGCCCGGACAGCCCAUGUAUCCUCUUGGAGCUGGUAGUUUCUCACCUGCUGCCCUCGCUAUGAAUGCAUCUAUGUCAGGUCUGGUGUCUGGCAGUUUUUCUCCACGUUUGGUGCCCACAACGCAGUCAUCUAUCCCGCACCCAGCCAUUGUCCCAACAGUGAAACAGGAACCAGGCAUAUGCAGCCAUCCAGGGAAAUCUGCUAUUGAGACUCAGCCAGAAAGAGAAGAUGAGAAGAAGCCUCAUAUUAAAAAGCCACUUAAUGCUUUCAUGUUGUACAUGAGAGAUGAAAGGCCCAAAGUGGUGGCCCAGUGCCAGGUCAAGGAGAGCGCCACCAUCAACCAGAUACUUGGACAGAGGUGGCACUCUUUGUCCAAAGAAGAACAAUCUAAAUACUAUGAAAUGGCUCGAAAAGAAAGACUGAUUCACUCAAAAUUGUAUCCAGGAUGGUCAGCCAGAGACAACUAUGGUAAAAGAAAAAAACGAAAGAGGGCAAAGAGCGAAACUCAAUAUGAAGUCGCUGGUUCUGCGGAGGACUUCUCUCUUCAGCCCAAGAGGCCGUGCGGACCCUCCGACUCAGAGGAGACCCUGAGCCCCAUGGCCCAGCCGCACCAGCCCCCCUCACACACACACAGCCGCACGCACCCCCACUCCAUCUCUCACCUGACGCACACUCACCUGUCCCAGGCCAGUCCCGCCUCUUCUCUGGACUCUCCGGCCACUCCCACCACGGCCCUGGCCUCCCCCGCCGCCCCCGCAUCCACCCACACGGAGCACGUGCACUCCUACAGCCCGUACGGCGCCUCUCCUUACGCCGAGCAGCUGCAGCCGCUGUCGCUCACCACCAAACCCCCGCGCCCUCUAAGCAGCACACGGCCAAGCACCAGCGGGACCCCGGGACCCUCCACGCCGUCGUCCUCCUCCGACCCCUCUCUGUCCCCGUUCCAGGUGCCCUCUCCCCCCCACAGAGCCAACUCCCGGAGCACCACCCCCACCCUCCUCUCACAGCCCUUCCUAAUCCCACCCAAAUCCGCCUUAACGCAGACUCAGCCGCUGUCUCUGAGGCGAGCCAAUCCACUGUGA